ACGCGCACUCCCUGCGCGAGCUUGAGCGCGAGGGUCGCGCGCUGUGCCUGCGGCUUGUGUGCGACAAAACGACACUGCGAUGCCACUUCCAUGGUGCGACGUGGUGACACGCACGCCCGCGCCCGUCCCCGUCCCCGUCCCCGUCCCCGCCACUCAUGGUCUGAGCGUGCAUCGCGCAAAGAUCCCCCGCCAUGGCAUCGCGCGCUCUUUCUCGGCCGCGCGCUUUGAACAUGAUCAUGAUCGUCCAGGCCGCCGUGCUGCGGGGCGCGGCGCGCUUGCGCGGACGCGAGCUCCGGCGUCGUCGAUCAUUUCGCGCCUCAAUCGGCGGGUGAACCGCGCCCACGCACCAGACCCCAGGUUCCGGCUAGAUUCACUCGUAGCAAUGCGCAUGCAUUCUGUCCGAGGGGAGAAGGUAUUGCCUGAGGCGGGCUCCAAUCCUUCGGGCUGCUCUUGCCCUGUUCAACGGACGAGUUUGGCAGAUCGGGACAGGGCCGAGGGAGUGCGUCCGCAGCGGCAUUGGCGUAUUCGAAGAAGGCCGGUGAUCGAGAUCGCGAUCGGCGUGCGCCCGAGGCGGCGUCGAUGCAUCCGCGGAAGGGUAGGUCUCGCGACCGCCGUCAGCCGGAGCGGAAAACGAACGUCAUAUGAUGACGCUCCCCUAAGGCUGGUUCGUGGAAGGAGCCUGGAAAAGAGAGGGAAGCUACCGGUAGGCAGGCAUGGUGGAGUAGGGAAGCUACGGGUAGGUGGGUCGAGAGAGGGUGUGCGUGUCCGCGCGGGCUUAGAUGACGUCGUUGGGGGCUUGUCGGGAUCGGAGCCGAGUUGGGAGGUCGCUGUCGGGGCGGUUGCUGGCGUUGUCCCGUUCGUGAUUGCUGCAGUCGAAUUCGGGAAGCGGAUCGCAGCUCAGAGGCGCUGCCACGUGUGCGGCGGGUCGGGAUUAGUUCUCAAGGGACGGUACUAUAGAAAGUGUGGAGCAUGUGGAGGUUUCCUGCCUUGGCUGUCGUGGAAACGGUUCUUCUCCGGUUAAGCUCCCGCGCUCACAGUAGGAAGUGACUGAAUGCAUCAGGCGGGAAUCGCGCCCAGAUUCCGUCGUUCGUUUGCGGUAAUUGAUUGGUCAACGUGACAGAUAAAGAGGGAUGGUCAUCGGGUUUGCAGAUCGAGGGAGGCGAACGAGCGAAUCGAGAAGGGAACCACUUUGCGGGAAGAAAAGGGCGGACGGGGGACCGGCCGGGGGGGAGCACGAUGACGAAGGGAAACUGGGAGGUGGUAGUGAAAACCAAGAAGGAAAGAAAAUCGGAAACACAAGUAGUACACGUGUGUAUGUGCUUUUUAUGCGCUCGUUUCGUGGGUUUCAAUCGAUGGGUAAACGGGAAGUUAUAGGGGUGGUUUAGUGCGGAAAACGAGAGGGAGGAAAACGAACGGAGAAUCAAACCGUUGGGCGGGAAGGGAGAGGGAGGAAGGGAGAGGAAGGGGAAGGACAAAGGAAAAGACAGAUAAAGGACAAAGGAAAAGACAGAUAAAGGACAAAGGAAAAGACAGAUAACUUGGAGCGCAGUUAUGGUAUUCAUUUAUGUAUAUAUGCUCGUGAGUGAGCUAGAUGUGAAGCCGCUUUAUGGAGGCGAAAAGUAAGAAGUGACAGUCCAGUAAGCUAUGCAAGAGAAAGAC